UUGUUUCUCUCAUUUCAAGCUGUUUCAUGGUGGAGUUUAAAGCUUUACUGAGACGGGAGUUGGCAAAAUGGGACUGUUACUUGUUUUUCUGUUACUCUACUACCUGCCUUCUCAUGCAAGUCAAGUCCGUCCAAUCCAGGUAUAUGGGCUAAUAACCCAGUCUGUCAGUCUGUCCCCCACUAAGCACUUGGCACAUCCAGUAGAAGAAGUAUUAUGGCAUUAUAUCAGCAAUGGAACAAGACACAGACUGGCAGAUUUUAGGAACCAGCAGCUCAGUAUACGGCACAGUCAGUUCUCCCAUCGACUGGAGGCUGAUAACAAUGGAACAAGGUUGUGGAUCAGGGAACUGAGGAGUGAGGAUACCGGGAGUUACAUUGCAUUCAUUACACUUCAAGGCACAACACAAACCAUAGAUCUGACAUUUAAUCUCACUGUGUAUGAACCAGUUCCCAGCCCAGAUAUAAAGAUGGAGAUGGAGCAGAAUACGAGUGACUGGUGCAAUUUCACUCUUCUUUGUUCUGGCCCAACAAACCCAUCAGCUCUGUCCUACAGUUGGAUGUACAGACACAAAGAGCAGUACCAGCCCUAUACCAAUGGUACCACAAUCCGUGUGUCACUGCAGCCUGAAUCCUGGGAUGGGGAGUAUCUGUGCUUCAUACACAACCCGGCUGAUCACAAAAAUGUCUCUAUUACCCCUCGGGAAUUCUGCCCUGAUAUCAGACGCACAAAAGUAAUCAAUGAUUCAAGGAAACAUUAUAUUCUUUUGAUUAUCUUGCUCUUGGCUCUUCUCCUGUUAUCCAUCGCAUGGUACGUCAGAGCAAUGAAGAAAAGAAAGAAAGGGCCUCCAUCUACUGUCAUCGAUCCACUCAACGAAGUUCAGUAUAUAGAGAUUCAUACGUGUCAAUCGGACAAAAACCUUAAAACAAUUUAUUCGCUGGAACAGAAACCUGCCAGUCCUCGUGAGACAAGGGCACAAACAAUAUACACCGAAUUACAGAAUGUUCAUAGAACUUCCCAGGAAUAAAGGGAUCUUCCUGCCUAUCAUUGUUCUCGUUUCAAUAACAGGAAACCGGUGUAUUUUCCCUGUUCCUCGUAUAUCCUGGAAUGUAUUGGCUGCCUUAUUCACUAAAGCCAAAGGUCUAUAUAAUAUAUAUAUAUAAGGGGAAGUGCAUGCAGAUACACUGGAAAUCAUUUCAGCCAAUGGCUUUGAAGGCAAUAUCAGUCUUUUAUUUAUAACUAUCCAUCUUUUAAUAAAAACAUCGGAGAAUCUCCAAGCAUAACUUUCUGCUCACAGGGAAUGAAACGCAAGCCAAGACUUUGAUUUGGGGCAGCUGUACAGAGAAAAACAGGAAGAUGCUAAACCUGAUGGAAUCAUUUAGCAACUGCGACAUCUGGGAGAAUAUAACUUUGGACUAAAAGUGAAAGAAACUAGUUUAGAUGUGGUCACCCUUAUUCCUAGCACCCACCAUGUGAUACAUUACAAUAGAUAUGGGUAAGUGGAUGGAAGCAGUUACAUAUAUUGUGGUGUUUUACAUAUCUACCUGUGUGUGGCCAGUAACGUAACUAGAGCGCGGCGGGCCCUGAUGCGGGAUGCACAGUCGCCCCCCCGCCCCUCUCCGUACGUGAUUUUUGGCCCAGAAACAGCGGCACGCAAGCUGUCGGGGGGCCCUGAGGGGGUGCGGACCCUGGCCUAAUCGUACACCCUGCACCCCUGGUAGUUCCGCCACUGUGUGUGGCCUCUACUGAUCCACUUGUAUAUCAUGCAGCAGUUAGUAGAAUGAUGGGUAAAUUGGUGUAUUGGAAGGAGGAUGCUGCAAAGCAAGUUAUAAAAGUCAGGUAAUAUGUGGAGAAUAGCUGCAGAAUGGAGAAUGGAAGUGAAUCAAGUUGGGGGGAAAUGCGGAAGCAUAUUGUGGGUGCAGCGUAGGGUUUAAGAA